AGAUUGCGGUACUAGUGUGGGAGGUGCAAGUCAGGACAGGCGCGAUUGUCACUCGAUCAAUCGAAUUCAGGUGGUCGUGUUUGUAAUUUUCCUUCGCGACAAAAAAAUAAUCAUUAACCCAGUGUUUAUCUCAAUAAUUCAGCACCCGUGAUUCCCGAAAAUCGUUAAAUACCCCGAUUGAUAUAAAUUCAGAAAAUUCGCCAGUGUAACGCAGACGUCUCUCAAAAUGACGGUCAUCACCAAAGCCAUUCUGGAGAAGAAGCCAGCAGAUAAAAUGGAGCAGCCAUUGGUUGUGGUCGACGAAUCGACGGAGAACAAACGAGAUCCGGAGGCUCAACGCCCCCACCGAGACAUGGCCGGACAUUAUCUGAUUCUCCGCAGGAUCAGGCCAAAUCUUGGUCCGAAUUCAAUGACUCUCUAUUGUCUUCUAUUCACUGCACUACUUGGCAUGAGCAUCGGAGUAAUCGGUGGCGUUUAUAUUUACAAGCGUUACGCAAGGGAUCAGGUUCACAGAUUCAGGACUGGCUGGUACAGCAUUCCUUACGAGAGAAUGGACAACAAAUACCCAUUGUUGAGUGAUGCAUUGGCUGCUGGUAUACCCCCAGACAGCGAUCUCUUCAAAACUCUGGCACGUGACACUGAAAGGGAGGCACUGGUACUCGAGAAAUCAGCUGACAGCAACAUCAGAAAUUUCUUCCAGGAGAGCUUCGACAUCGAUCUCGAGAAUGAACAUUACGAGGGAAUUGAUGUACCUGAUUUCAGGGGUGGACGACAGGGACGAUUCAUUCAUGAUUUCAACAUUAACCUCACAGGCAUCAUCGACCUUGACGGCCACUCCUGCUUCGUCAUGCCAUUGAAUCGACAGAGAGUUCUGCCCCCGAAGAACAUGUACGAUCUUCUCAACAAAAUGUACAACGGAUACUACGAGGUUAACACUGAGGUAGUCAGGGAGACCAUGAAGGCAACAUUCCCAUCGAUCAGUGAUCGAUCAUCAGUGGGUACUUACAUCGCUCGAGAGUGCAAGCAGAUGCCCAUCUAUCAGCUGGAAAAAAUCAACAACACCAACAAUGGAAUUGUCAAACGCAGUGUUGACGGUGUCCUAUUUGGUCAAUUCGCUGGGAAUAAUAUCGUCGAGUACGAUAUUUCAAACAUGGAAGAAGUCCAGAAAGCAGCUGAAGUAAAUUAAUCGAUUAACAAACGCGUUAAAAAAUAAUUAUCUUAAAAAACUGACAGAAUCACUCAGUAGACGUAAUAUACACUCACCCCCUCCCAAUCAUCGAACAAAUUUUUAUUAAAUCAUGGUGAUAAAGUUCAAUAGUAUCUGCAGGACUGGAAUAAUCUGAGAGCUAGGAGGAUUUUUUAGAUCAAGGGAUUGAGUCAAUUUUCUUUUGAAUUUCCUUCAGCGUUAGAUGUUUUUUGAUAUCCUGAAAUCAUUGUUAAUCAAUUCGUGAAUGGAUCACCGAUUUCGUGGGUUUUAAAAAUUAUUUUAUGAGUUUAUUCUGUAGCACUGGAAAUUCA